UUCCGUAAGACUUCGGGGAGCGAAACUGUGAGAAUAAGCAAUAGUGUAAAUUACACUGCAAUACGACUCCGGGAGGCUAAAAGUUCUCAAUAUUGAGUGACGUAUAGAAGAAGAGGUUUAUAUAUUUUUCCUCAAAGAGUUUCGUUAUUGCUCAGCGGUUAAAUGAAGCCCCUAUCAGCAGAAAAAAAGCAGAUUUCCACAGUCUCCUGCCGCAGCAGCUUGCGGACGUUACAAUAACUACACAGUACCUGCUGUCCCUUGUUGCGGUCCGUAGUGCUUUAAUCUUUCCCUAAACAGAAACAUUUCGCGUCACUGUGUCCCAUACGACCGCGAUCGCGUUUGCCAGAAAUGUUUCCGAGAAGCACGGCUCUGAAUUUAAAAUGACUGAAAGCGUCUUGGAGGAAGGGCUUGGAGAUACAGCCCGACAGCCAUUGCUUGGAAACCCGGACGCCUCAGUCCGGAAGAAUGGGAGGAAUUUUGAUGAAGAAGAUGGGCAAACCAGAUUCUCCUAUGAAGAAGCGGUUGAAGAAACAGGGUUUGGUCUGUUCCACGGUGCUCUGUUGGUAGUGUGCGGAUGGGCCAAUGCCAGUGAUGCAGUGGAGAUCCUUUGCGUUUCUUUCCUGUUGCCUACGGCACGCUGCGACCUGCUGCUCAGCUCCUCCGACAUGGGGCUGCUCACGGCCAGCAUCUUUCUAGGGAUGAUGGUUGGGGGUUAUGUGUGGGGCUACCUGGCUGACCAAAGGGGGCGCCGCAGAGUCCUCGUUCUCUCACUGACUGUGAAUGGUGUUUUUGGAGCACUGGCAAGUCUGGCUCCUAUGUUUUGGCUGUUUCUUCUGCUGCGUUUCGUCAGUGGUGUUGGGGUUGGAGGCUCCAUUCCAGUCAUCUUCUCCUACUUCUCCGAGUUCCAGGCACGCACCCGGAGAGGAGUUAUGAUCAGCGCCUUAGCCACUUUCUGGAUGGCCGGAAACAUACUAGCAGCAGGCUUGGCUUGGCUGGUGAUUCCAAGCACUUCCCUGAGUUUCCAGCUGGGGUCUCUGCAGUUCCAGAGCUGGAGGUUGUUUGUGGUGCUGUGCUCCAUCCCCAGCCUCUCCUCGGCUCUUGUGUUUGGACUGGUUAUGCCGGAGAGUCCCAAGUUCCUUAUGGAGGCUGGACGAGAAGCUGAAGCCAUCGCAGUCUUUCAGAAGAUGUUUAUGUUCAAUCACAGAGGCGAUACCAAGCCUUUUCCGUGGCAUUCUUUGGUAUUGCAGCAGAUGGAGCUUCCCCUUGAGAUAUCAGGAUUACGCAUUGUUUCUGGAUCUCAUAAAGAACACGUAGUGCCCAACACAAAACUACGCAGGCUCAUCCACACACUUAAAGAGGGCUUGAGUCCCAUUGGCAAACUCUUUACUACCCCACUAACAUCACGGAGUGUCAUUCUCUUUGUCAUAUUCUUCAGCAUAUCAUUUGGGUAUUACGGCCUCUGGAUGUGGUUUCCAGAGCUGUUCAAGAGGACAGAGGAUGGAGGCUCCCCUUGCUCCAACGUGUCCCGUUCCUCCAGUGUUCACCCUGAGAACCACACCUGUUAUCCUGUCCAAACUGCAGUGUAUAUGGAGGGCUUUGUCACAGCUGCUGCCAAUCUGCCAGGCAACAUCCUUACCAUCCUGCUAAUGGACAGUGUGGGAGGAAAGGUCUUAAUUUCCUUUAGCCUGCUGGUGUCAGGAGUUAGUGUCUUCUUCAUCUGGUUGGUGAAGACCAAGCUGCAGAGCCUGGCCAUGUCGUGUUUGUUCAGCGCUGUCUCCGUCAUCUCAUGGAAUGCGCUGGAUGUCAUUGGUGUGGAGCUCUACCCCACACAGCUGAGGUCUUCAGCUCUUGGGUUCUUCACCGGUGUGGGCCGAGUGGCAGCCAUUCUUGGCAACCUGGUGUUUGGUCAACUCUUGGACACCAGCUGUGCUAUUCCAAUCCUGCUGGUGGCAGCUCUCUUAUUCAGUGGAGGACUUUCAGCAAUACUGCUGCCUCGGACCCUACAAACAGAGCUCACAUGAAGACCAAGAACCUGCAACCCUUGACUUCAGACUUUUGCCUUCAGUAAAAACACCUGGACCCUUUGCUUUAUACUGUAGGUUUUGUAUUCUGUAAUAAAACUUGUUUUAUUUGUA